UGCUCUCCACGUGUGUUUUAUAAAAGUUUAGCAUUUUAUUUGUUUUAAUGUGGAUUUGCACUGCACCUCACGGAUGGCUAUUAAAUUGAUAUACAUAAGGCAGCAAUCGAGCAUUGUAAACACCGAUAUAAAAAAAAAAACAAAAAAAAAAAAAAAACGCAUGCAUUAAGUUGUAUUACAGAGAUUCACGUUUAAAUGGUCUCGGUGACUGUGGUUAAGUGGUGUUUUUUUUUUUUUUUUUUUAAAUAUGCUAUAUAGAAUUUAAUAAUUUAAAAAAUCAAUUUUUAUAUAAUUGAUAUGAUUUUCACAGAUCCACAAUAAGGGUCUAAAUGGGACGGAGUGAACAGACGUAAGCGUCGGUUAUUUUGAAGGGGUGGUUACCUGUGCAGGUGUGUAAUUCGAAACCUCAAGGGUGUAACGUUGUGCCUGGAAGUUCAGAUGUCAGAGCUGGGAAUAGGUGUCGAGAUGGAAGAAACCAGUCUGCAAACUCAAGUGAAACCUUCAUUAAUCAAGGGGUUUGUCAUCAGAACUUUGAUUGACUUUUUUGGUACAUCGUCAGAAAAACCUUUUAUUAUCCGGAUUUUACAAAGAUUAUAAAACUCUUGGAAAUUAUGCAUUAAAGAGAAGACCGCUGCUGCAUUGUCUUAUUUUUGCAUUGUUUCCUUUCUACACGUUUUAAACCUACAGGAUUGGUACGUGAAUUCAACGAAAAGCUGAAGGAUGAUGAACGCAACGCUGUAUGCAGGCAGGAAGAGAAGUCGGCCUGUAAGAGGCAGUAAGCCGUUGCCUGUAGAUAGAGUGAAGAUGAACCCUUCAAAGAGACACAGGGACCGGCUAAACACCGAACUGGAGCGCCUGGCCUCACUGCUGCCUUUCCCAGAGCACAUCACCAACAAACUGGACAAACUCUCCAUCAUGAGGCUUGCUGUCAGCUUCCUGCGAGCCAAGACCUUCUUUGGCAACUCUUUGCAGAAAAAAUGCCAGGUUCCUGCCCUCCCCCUACCACUGACAGUCAGCCAAGAAAGUAUAAGUCAAGAGGGGGUGCCCUCGCCUGGUUUCGUGGUGCCGGAGGGAGACCUGCUUCUCCAGGCAGUGAAUGGUUUUGUGCUGGUUGUGACGGGAGAAGGGACUAUCUUCUACACCUCACACACCAUUCAGGACCACCUCGGCUUCCACCAGAGUGAUGUGAUCAAUCAGAGUGUCGAUGAGCUGAUCCACACAGAGGACAGAGAGGAGUUCAACAGGCAGCUGCACUGGGCACUCGAUCCACCCAAGAAAGCAGGAGGAGAGGGGUACACCAGUGACCCAGCAUUGCUGUACCAGCCCACCCAGCUGCCCCCAGAGAACUCGCCCUUCCUUGACAGGAGUUUCGUCUGCCGAAUGCGCUGCCUGCUUGACUCCAGCUCCGGCUUCUUGACCCUGCACUGUAAUGGGAAGCUGAAGUUCCUCAACAGUAUGAACAGGAAGUCCCAGAGUGUGGACAAGGCCCCGUCCCAGCUGGCCCUCUUUGCCAUCGCAGUUCCGGUCCAGCCACCUGCCAUCAUGGAGAUCCGGACCAGGAGCCUGGCCUUCCGCAGCAAACACCAGCUGGACUUCUCUCCCAUUAGCAUUGAUGCAAAGGGGAAACUGCUCCUUGGCUGGACAGAGACUGAGCUGAAGGCUCAUUCUGGAUAUCAUUUCAUACACUUUGAGGACAUUUUGUACUGCGCUGAGAACCACUUGAAGAUGAUGAAGACAGGGGAUAGUGGGGUGACAGUUUUCCGUCUUCUCACAAAGAAGCAUACGUGGAUCUGGAUCACUGCUAUCGCCAGAGUGACUUAUAAAGAUGACAAACCCGACUGCAUCAUUGUGACUCAGCGGCCACUGACAGAUGCUGAAGGAGAGGAGCACCUCCUGAAGAGAGCCAAGCAUGACAAGUUCUUGCUGGACAAGCAGUCCCUGCUGUACAACAGUAGUAAUCUCCUGAGCCCGCAUGCCAGCAGGUGUCACCAGCAGGUGGAGAGAGAGGGACGCACUGCAGAGAGGCACUACAACCCUAGCAGCAUCCUGGCAGCGUCUCUUCAUCAGGACCAAGCUUCCUAUACCUACUGUCCCCCCAAGGAGUCUGCAUCUUUCCUCUCCCCUUCCACCACCCCCUCCUCUUCCCCAGGCCUGCAGACCAAGAAAGCAACCUGGCCAGCGGUCCCUGCAGAUGUGAGCAUCUGGGAGAUGCUGUGGCAGUACGGGUUGAGUCAAGAGGACCUGGAGCUCAUCCAAAUGGAUGAGACUAUAGCUAGGAUGGGUGAGGAGGGACUUUCUGGAGGGAUCCUCAACGCUGUCGCUCAGGUCUCCCCUGGAUCAUCCUCAACCAGCUUGAGCUUCAUCCCCUCCACUCCAUCCAGUUCCUCAGGAAGCGACAAUGAGACCAGAACCCUUUCUAGCUCCCCAGAUUCACCCUCUCUCGGCUGGGAGUGGAUGCAGGAAAGAUCUUCCACAGCCAGUUGCUACACAGUAGCACAGGAGAACAAAUCAGGAACCCUGUGGCCGUCUUUUACGCUUGCCAGUGGGCUUCCUGUUCCAGUGCCUGACACAGCUAUGACAAGUCGACAAAUGCCAGGAGGGCAAAUGAGCAGCUCGUUGCCACCACCUCCCACAUCAAACUCUAACCAUUCUGCUUUACUUACCAUGCUCCUAGCGCAAAUCCCAACACAGCAUAAAAUCCAGACCACUCUGUCUAGCCCUCUGCCAUCCAAUGGAGCUGGUACCAGGUGCACUCCCUUCAUGGAUUUGUCAAACACUUGGCCAGAACAGGGUCCUCUUCCUAUGACCAGCUCCUCCUUGCUAAAGCACAGCUGGCCUUUGACUCCCCCUGAGGAUCCCCAGAACAUCAACAUGGCGCACCCCGGAGAGUUCCUACCACAUGGCGUCACAAAUGUCUACGGCCCCGAUCACAACCAGAGCCUACUUUGCACCGGACUCUCCUGUGCCAGUGUCCAGUGAAGUAAAAUAAAACAGACUAAAUAUAAGCACAAACCUUUUUCUAGGACUUUUCAGUCUCCACUCCUCCUCCUCUCUCUGACUCUGAUUCUUCAUGCCUUUGCUCCACUGUUCACGAAUUAGCCCUUGUCUCCAAAGGCAAAACUAUUAACUAUUGCAUGAAAGGACCUUGAGAUUAUAAUAGACAAAAUUUCCAGUUCUAGUCAUUACUGUACAAAAAAUACAUUGCACUCAAGAAAGAAGAAAAAGGUGAUUGCAGUGUUUUAUAAGGACAAGUCAGAGUGAAGUACUUUGAGGUAGGAAAUCCUGGCUUUGAAUCCAGCUCAGCUGUCGACUUUCAGCAUGACAGGAGAAAAUUCUGGUUUUAGUCCAACACUGGUAAUAUAAUAUAUAUAUAUAUAUAUAUAUAUAUAUAUAUAUAUAUAUAUAUAUAUAUAUAUAUAUAUAUUCUUGAAUGUAAGCUAUGAAAUUUUUAUCUUUAAAACAUGGUGUCAAGAUUAUGUCUUUGCAGUUAGAAGAAUAACUUUUUUUAUUGUCUUUGUGUUAAAGCAAUUUGAUUUUAAUUCUGUAUAAAAACUUUGUCUACUUUAUUCUUAAAUUGUGGAUUAUUUCUUUCUAAAGGUAUCAUUUAAACCCUUGUAAAUUCCUAAUAAACUGUUGUAUUUC